AACGAGAAACCCAAUUCCGGCUGCAUUUGAAAGAACGCCCACCACGUGGUGGUUUCCGCCUUUGGCACGGGGGCAAAUAGGGGCCAGGCCAGAGGAGACUUGGGAGGCUGAGCGACCCUGAGCGGGAGCAAUGGCAUUGUAGAUGGCGGAGGAGGGGCAGGGCAAAGAGCCUUUGCGCCGGCGGCUGCGGCAGGCAAGCCAGCGGCGGGGCGCCUUUGACAAGCUUCCAGGGCCCAGCGCGCAAACCGACCACGACAGCGAGGUUCGCGUGACCCGGACGGGCUCCAAAAACAGCCAUCUCAGUGCGGACAGCGGCGGAACUAUCAGCCGCCAGAGCUCCCUGGACCCCACCGCUUUUCAGGAGGAGCUGUCCAGGGAUGCCUCAGCGCGGAAGAGGCCCUCGCAAAUUUCAGUGGUCCACGAUCGUUUGGACAAGCAGAUCACGGACUUGCCAGCGGGAGCGAGAAGCUCCAGGCGCAUCGAGGCGGCGCCGCUGACGCCGGAGAGGGCGCUGGCGGCUCUGCCCAUCUUCCAACACUGUCGGGAGGCCUUCAUCAAUUUGCUGGCGGCUGGUGGGGAACAGGUGCUGGUGAAGCCAGGCGAGUUCCGAGAUCUCCGAGGUCAGGCGGCGGGACCUGGCGAUCAGCAGGGCAAGGUGGCCACAGCCGUGGUGGUCCUCAGUGGCACCUUCCGCCUGGAGAUCUCGAACAUAGCCGUCGAGAGCCUGAGUGCGGGUCAGGCCUUUGGCUUCGGCGACUUGCUAGCGGCAGGCUCGGAGAGUUAUGCGCAGCGCGCCAUUGUUUCCGCGGUCUCUUUGAGGGCCAUGGCCCCCAAAUCUGAGCUUGCCGCCAAGGGCCGGCCGGAGCGGAAUAGCAGCAUCCGCCCUCCAUGCAGCUACUUCAUGCUGCGUGCCAGCACUUUGCGCCGCGGGCUGCAGCAGUUCCCUGCAGUGCAGGCGAUCAUGCAGCCUUACAUGGGCGCAGGCGUGGACUUCACAAAGCCCUUGCUGGAGAAACUCCAGUGCAAUGAUGCGGCGAAAGUCCUUCUGGCCCGCAGUUCUACGAGGCAUGCCUUCUGUGCGGGGGAAACCGUGGUGACGCAGGGCAGGAGGAAGUACGAGGGGGUGAUCCUGCUACUGCGUGGGUGCCUGUCCGUGCAAAUCGACGGCGUGGAGGCGCGGCGCAUCCAAGAAGGAGAGGUGCUGGGUGAGGAGAUGCUCAUGAAUGUGACAUCCAAGUGGAGGUACAGCCUUUGCUGCUUGAGCUUCUGUGACCUCGUGGUGUUGCACCGCCGUCCCUUCGUUGCGCUGGUGCGGGAGGCAAAGCCGCUGAGCUCCUCGGAGGAGGGUUUGGAGUGCCAGCGCCUGAAGCUGUUGCUCGAGGGCCCCUGGCGCCAGGACCAAGUCAUUGUGUCACUUCCGCUGUUCCACGGCUUCAGCAGCGACGUAUUGAGUGUGCUCCCACAGCUCAUGGAAACCCGCGUGGUGCUGCCGGGUCAGAAGAUCUGGGACUCCUCCCCUGAGGAGCGGUCGCUCUUCCUGCUGCUGCACGGCACGGCAGAGGAGAUCAUCACGACCUUCAAGAAGCGGAGGGCGUCCCAAGUGCAGUCACGACGCACAUCUGCGGCCACUGCGGAACUCGUGCGCACGCACACGCGCGCCUUGUGCGCUGGGGCCUGCGAAGGUGGGUCCAGCCUUCUAGGCCUGCGACAGGUGGGUCAAGUCCAGGUGCUCGCCCGUACCAUCGCGGUGGCCGCAGUGCUGCAUCGCCCAGUAUUUCUGCAUUUGUUGCACAAGCACAAUGUCACCAUACAGGCACCAGAAAUGCUGAGCCUUUUGAGUCAGGAGCUGGAUCAAGACGAGCCGGAAGAGAAGCUGCCCACCGUGGAAACGCUGGAGAGCGCCCUGCCCAUCCUGCGGGGCUUGGAUGAGGCCUUUAUGGCAUCCAUCCUUCGUGGGGGCAGCAGCUGCUUCUACAUGGAAGGCCAGCAGCUUUGUCCUCCCCACAUGCCCUCCGAGUCCCUUUUCGUGGUGAUCCGCGGGGAGAUUUGCACCAGCAUGGCUGGCAUCCCUUUGGAAAGGUACCGCCAGGGGCAGGCGCUGCAUAUCCUGGCGCUGGCCGGGGGCUUCGUGCCCUCCUUCGAGAGUCGCUGCCUGCGGCUCAGCGAGGUUUGGGCGCUGCCGCGGGAGGUGCUGAUGACCUCCUUGGACCACUACCCCUCCAUGAAGCGGAUCCUGGCUGCUCUGACGGCCAUGCAAGUUUCCAGGCUGACCACCGUGGCUGGCUCACUGCCGGGCACAGAUUCCCCUCUGUCGGGGUCCACAUCGCCCAAGUCGCCUCAGUCCCCGAAAGCCAACCGCAAGUCUGUGGUGCAGCAAAUGCUGGGUAGCGUAACGCUUACGCAAGAUGACGUCACGCCCAUCGAUCUGGUGACAGUGCCGCUCUUCGCGGGGGCGUGCUUCGAUCUGCUACGCUGGGUCCAAGAGAACUUGGAGCCCAGGAUCUUCUUCUCAGAUGAGACGCUGUUUUGCGAAGGCGACAAAUCCGAUUGCUUCUACAUUGUGUGCAAGGGCAUGGUGUGCUUGGAAAGCUCCGGCGGCUCGCAGGUGACCUACACCAAAGGCGCCUCGUUUGGGGAGGCGCACUUGCUUGGAGUGUCGGAAGGAGCGCGCGCUACUGCGGUUUGCCUGGAGACAUCUUUGAUCCAGGUGCUACAUCGCCGUGUGUUCCUUCAAUGCCUCAAGCGGUUCCCUUCCGAGGUGCAACGCUUUGAUCACCUGGCCGUCAAGUGGCUGGAUGCCUUGGAUGGCAACGCCAUGACGUCAGUGCCCAUGCUGCAGGGCUGCUCGGAAGGCUUCCUGCAGCAGUUGGCUCAGCGCACCACCACGCGCCUGCUGCACAAGGGAGCAUACCUGGUCGAGAAAAAUGCGUUGCGAGGCUCGCUUUGCCUCAUCCGCUGCGGCUCGGCUUCCACUGAGGAUCAUCCUCCCAGUUCGCCCACCCCUCCAGAUGAUCAGUCCUCGUCCUCUUCGAGUUCGGAUUCCCCGGAAAAGCGCUACAGCAAAUGGGACGUGGUGAACGCAGAGUUGGUCCUGGGCCUCGAGAUCCGUGCGCCCCACACGGUCAAAGCGGACGGGCUUUUGGCCAUCACAGAGAUUCAGGACACGGAUUUCAUCAACAUCCUGCAGGCGUUUCCGGACGAGGUGCCCGGCUUGGUGGCGAGGCUCUCCGGGCUGUGGCCCCAAAAGGCAGAGCAGGUGCCCUUCCUGAGCGGCAUGAGCCAAGCUCACUUCAGCCGACUGAUGCAGGAGGCCAAGUGGGACAUGAUCAUGGCCGACCGCACGGUGGUGAGGCAAGGCAAGGAGGGCGAUGCCUUACACCUGCUGUGCUACGGUAUCGCCGUGCGGGCGGUGGACGAUGUGGUCCUUGGAAAGCCCAUAGCGCCCGGGGAGGUCAUCAAUCGUGCCAAUUUCCUGGGGCUCGCCCAUCGCUACCCCGUCACUAUUCGCACGCAGACCGUGUGCCACUUCCGCACACUGAGACACACGCAGCUCCAGAAGCUGCUGGAGUCCCAGUUGACCUUGCGGGAGUGGUUUGAGCUGGCCAAGGUGCAGGCGCGGAAUUUUUCGGAGUACGACCAUGCGCAGAAGAAGGUGGCGAUCUUCCGGGCGAAGAUGAGGCGGCGCACGGAGCAAGCCUUCAACAAGCACGUCCAAUUCAUGCACGCCAACCGAGCAAGGGCACAAGGCGCAACGGCCUCCAAGGCGAGGCACUUGGUGGAGAAGUUCCUUUGCAGCAGGACGCAAGAUGGCCCAAGCCACAGCGAGGACUGGGCGGCCUUGCAGGACGUUUACAGCGUGAUGAGGCGCCAGCCGCAGCAGCUCGGCCUGCCCACCUCCAGCCAGGAUGGCAAAGACGUGGAGCUACUCAGUGCGCUGUCUGGCUGCACCAGCGCACACGAGGAGGCAGAGCUGAUGACGCAGCACAGGGCCCCGCGGGUGCCAACUGCCAGCUCCAGCGUGGUUCUGAUCAAGCAGCGGCUGCCUUCGAUGAAAGGCAACUGGAGCGUGCAGAACGGGGAUUUGCACCAGAUCCAGGGUGCGAUCCACGCCUUUUGCCGGCAGAAAGAGAAGGAGAACUUGAAGGGUCGACUGCUUCGCAUCAUGCGGAACAACUACGAGACGGGCAAUGCCACGCUGGAUGAGGAUGAGGAAUUGGAGUCAGAGAGUGAGGAGAUCUCACAGGAGGUUGCAGAGGUCGUGGAGGAGCCCCAGCGCCGGAAGCCUCCCAGGCUAAACCGGGAGGAGCUCCAGAAGUUGGAUCAGCUGCUGCCCGCGCUGCCGCCCAAGGCGGACAGCCAGGACGCGGCCAAGUCCCUGCACACCUCGCUGGGGCAAGCGCUGCACCGGAAGUUUCAGCGCCUCACCAAGGUGACCUCCAAGCGCAAGGUGUGAGGGCUUUGUACACAGUGAGCAUCGAGGCCUUUAUGUGGGCCUGUUGUUGGAAAAAAAAGGCGAGCCUUUUGAUUUUGGUGUGGG